AUGGCUUUCGCUUGCACUCUGCACCUCGCGCUCUGUUUCCUCUGCUUUAGCGUUUUCUACUACCACCACAUGGUGUCGAAGAGGAAGAGCCGUGCCAUCCCACUGUGCUGGCCAUUGGUGGGCAUGCUCCCUGAGCUCUUGGCCAACCGCCACCGCAUCCAUGGCUGGAUCACCUCCUUGCUCGCCGUCUCCAAGCUCAACUUCCGGUUCACUGGCCCGACGAGCUCCAGCAUGCGGCUCUUCAUCACCUGCGACCCGGCCAAUGUCCGGCACGUCUUCACCUCCAACUUCUGCAACUACCCCAAGGGCCCAGAUUUCGCCGAGAUCUUCGACAUCUUCGGCGGCGGCAUCUUCAACGUGGACGGCGACGCCUGGCGCCGCCAGCGAGCCAAGGCCCAGCUGCUGAUGUGCAGGCCCCAGUUCCGGGCCUUCGUGUCGCGGUGCAGUCGCGCCAAGGUGGAGACGUCGCUGCUCCCGCUGCUCGCCCACUUCGCGGCGACGGGGGAGGCGUGCAACCUGCAGGACGUGUUCAUGAGGCUGACGUUCGACACGACGACCAUGAUGGUGUCCGGCGCCGACGCCGGGUGCCUCGCGACCAGCUUGCCCGAGGUGGCCUUCGCGCGCGCGGUGGACGACGUGAUGCGAGUGCUCCUCGUCCGGCACAUCGUCCCGCUGUCAUGGUGGAAGCUGGCGAGGAGGCUGGGCGUCGGGUACGAGCGGACGAUGGCUGAGGCGUUGCGCACCUGUGACCUGUUCGUCCACGAGACGAUCGAGAAGCGACGGGCAGAGAAGGCUCGAGGAGAGGCCGAGGAUUCGGCUGAUCUGCUCUCGUCCUACAUCAACGACGACGAGGAGAGCGCGGACGCCUUCCUCCGUGACACGACCAUGAACCUGAUCUCCGCCGGCCGCGACGCUUCGGCCAUGGCCCUGUCAUGGUUCUUCUACCUCCUCACCAAGAACCCACACGUAGUGUCCAAGAUCCUGGAGGAGCUUCGCGCCAUCGACAGCAUCGCCACCGCCGACGGCAUGGUGACCUUCGACUCGGACGAGCUCAGGCCGCUCGUGUACCUGCACGCCGCCCUGUCCGAAACACUCAGGCUGUACCCGCCCGUGCCUCUGGAGCACAAGGGCGUGCUCGCCGCCGACGUGCUGCCGAGCGGGCACGGCGUGCGUCCCGGGGACAAGAUCGUGGUGUCGCUGUUCGCGAUGGCGAGGAUGGACGCCGUGUGGGGCAACGACUGCCGGGAGUUCAGGCCGGAGCGGUGGGUGACGAAGGACGGCAAGCUGCGGUACGUGCCGUCGUACAAGUUCAUGGCCUUCAGCUCAGGGCCACGGACCUGCCUCGGCAAGGACAUGGCGUUCGUGCAGCUCAAGGCCGUGGCCGCGGCCGUGUUGAAGAACUUCGAGGUCGAGGCCGUUCCCGGCCACGUCGUCGAGCCCGCGCUCUCCAUCGUGCUUCACAUGAAGAAUGGCUUCAUGGUCAGGGUUAAGAGAAGGACGACAAAUGCUCAACUUCUUUAAACCGUCGGAAUUUGAAUCAUCUAGCAAUAAUAUGUGGUUGCACGAUGUCAUUUUCUUGUUUGCUGGGGCAUAUUUCGGAGGUCUA